AUGGCCGACUACCUCUUGCGUCGACUCUACAUCGGGGCAGCCAGGGCUCGCUCCUUUCUCAGCCGUCCCCCGGGCCGAUCCGACCAGCCCGACGAGCUCUCCCUGAGCCUCCUCUCCAGCUCGGACGAUGGCGAACUCGGCGCAUGCCAGCGAGGCCGUAGGUCCUGUACCGAAAUCACCCAUUCCCUCUCCCUCUCCCUGCACAGGGCCUUGGCUCUUGUCCGUCCAUCGCUCGUCGCCGUCGCCCCCAGCUUCAUCAGCAACAUCUACUACCCGUCCAAGCCGCGGGCGCUGCACAAGACGUCGUUCCUCGAUGGACUGCGAGGGUACGCCGCCUUCAUCGUGGCCGUCUUCCACCUGGCCGGUAUACAGCCAGACAACGUGUGGGUAAAUGAAACCUGGGGCGUCAACGAGCGGGAGGGGAUGGGAUCAAAUCUCCUGCAGCUCCCCUUCAUACGCGUCCUCUUCCUCGGCGUCCCCAUGGUUGCCUUCUUCUUCCUCAUCUCUGGAUUCGUCCUGUCGUACAAGAGCCUCCUCCUGAUCCGGUCCGGCGAGCACGAGAGGCUCUCCGAGUCGCUCGUGUCGCUCAUCUUCCGGCGCGGGCUGCGCCUCUUCCUGCCCAGCAUCGCCGGCAUCACGUUUGAAAAGGUCGUCGUCCCGUGCGUGUACUCGGGUCCGCCGCCCGUGUCGACCAUGAUGAGCGACGUCUACGCCCAAGUGAGCGCGCUCGUCUUUUGCUGGCGCUGGGACAAGCACAACGCUGACCUUUUCACCAUUCCCAUCGACGGCCAUUGGGCGGUUGCCCUGUUCAUGGUCGGUCUCUUUGCCGCCGAGGUCGAGGCCGUCAUCGAGGAGCGCAGAAGAGGCCAGCGGCAGGAGAACGGGAGCAGGAGCGCGGCAAGGUGCGGGCCGUGGACGUCACGACUCCAGUCGGCUCUCUGGAUCGCCGUGUUCCUCGUCGGCCUCUACCUGGCGGGGUAUCCCAUGGAGCGCGCCGAGAUCUCGCCCGGCUUUCGCUGGCUCCUCUCACACACCCCGAAAGUCUAUCGAGAUGGCGACGGAUUCAUCUUGCCCGCCAAGUUCUGGUGCAGCGUCUCCGCGGUGCUGGUGUGUGCGGCCCUCUUCCGGGUCCCGACUCUGCAGAGGGCCUUCACGACGCCGGUCGCUCAGUACCUGGGGGACGUGUCCUACUCGGUCUACCUCGUGCAUCAUGGCAUUCAGAUAACUGCCGGAGCGGACAUCAAGUCCAAGGUGCACUCCUGGUUUGGGGCAGAUGACGGCCAGUGGAAGAGAGCGGCAGUCUUGGUGGUUGACAUUGUGCUUGUAAUGGGCCUCACCGUCUGGGUUGCAGACAUCUUUUGGCGCUUGGUCGACAGGCCAGUAGUUCGAUUCAGCAGGUAUUUCGACGAGAUCGUCACACCCAAGGGAUAA